UAGACAAGUGAAUGGAUAUCACAUCGCUUUCGCGUCGGCUGCUGGAGCGAUUCUAAAGUAACAAAGAAACGACGCGGCGGUGUUAAAUUGCUUAGAAUUUUAUCGAUACAAUUGUAUCAAUAUCAAACGUUUCAUAUGUACGCGUAACAACCUUGCGAGUUCCCCGUGGAGUCGACAUAUUCACUUCUCGACGGAGUGGUUGGCGGAGCCCUCUGUAGGUCGCGUUGUGGCGUGACCCAGCAUCUCCGCGACUCUUUCCGUGGUUCCCGUCGUUACCGCCCUGAAACUCUGCUUUGAUGAGGUGACGCUGGAGCGACGGAGGACAAAACCGACCCGAAUUGAAACCUUCCUCCCCCCUCUCCCCCGCCCCUACCCCCCUUCACCGUGACCAUGGGUCAGAAGAUCUCCGGCGGAGUCAAGUCCGUGGACAGUCGGGGUGAAGGCGGCUCUCCGUCCUUCCGGCCGUCGGCCCACCGCCGGCGGCUCCACCCCGAGCUGCGGGGCCCUGACUUCCACAAGCCGCCACGGCUUGACCUGCUCCUGGACAUGCCCGCCGCCCCCCUUGACCUCCAGCUCCGCCACGCCUGGAACCCGGAGGACCGCUCGCUCAACGUCUUCAUCAAGGAGGAGGACAAGCUGACCUUCCACCGCCACCCGGUGGCGCAGAGUACCGACUGCAUCCGCGGCCGGGUGGGCUACACGAGGGGGCUUCACGCCUGGCGGAUCCACUGGCCGGCACGACAGCGGGGUACGCACGCCGUGGUGGGCGUCGCCACCGCCGACGCACCCUUGCACUCCGUUGGCUACACGGCGCUGGUGGGCAGUGACUCUGAGUCUUGGGGGUGGGACUUGGGGAGGAACCGACUCUACCACGACAGCAAGAGCCGGGGCCAGACCUCUAUGCCAGCAUAUCCGUGUUUCCUAGAGCCCGAGGAGGCCUUCGUGUUGCCGGACGCCCUUCUGGUGGUGCUGGAUAUGGACGAGGGCACGCUGAGUUUCAUGGUGGACGGACAGUACCUGGGAGUGGCUUUCAGGGGCCUGAAGGGGAAGAAGCUGUAUCCCAUCGUCAGUGCUGUGUGGGGCCACUGCGAGAUCAGCAUGAGAUACGUCAACGGACUGGACCCGGAGCCCCUCCCAUUGAUGGACCUGUGCCGCCGCGCUGCCCGGGUGGCCUUGGGCCGGGAGCGCCUCCAGGAGAUCGAGACCCUGCCCCUGCCGCAGUCUCUGAAGAAUUACCUACAAUACCAGUGACCAAACCAACAGUGACCCCUACCAACUGGGACCUCCCGGACCCAAACCAUGGCAACCUCAGUGGGACAGAAGAUGGAGAGAACGAUGGCGGACAACGGAGGGGAACAUUUCCAUUCUGGACUAAAGCUCUGUGGUGAUUAGUUAAAACAAGGAGUGAACACCCGGGUUCAUAUUUUUGCAACUUGACGAUGAUGGAUACUUUAGUUUGGGGUUGUCGACCCGUUAUGAACAUGUUUUUUUUUGAAUUAUUGAUGGUUGUAGCUCUCCUGCAGAGAAGGCCCCCGGUUGAUGAAAUGGCAAUGCUAGAAUGGCGUUGUGGAGAGAAUCUGCUGACUGGAGUGUACUGGAGAGAACGGAGAACUGCACCUAAAAAGCACACACUUGGAAGGCCUUUGAUAUCACCAAAUCCCUGCUGCUGGAGGCUCCAUACUUCUCAUCCCAUGUCCAGUUCAGUAAGCAGACCGAAACGGGACAUUUCUACUGUGUUCCCAUGGGUCCGUUUCCAGUUUAACGGGCCUGGAGCCCACUGUAGCUCACUGGUACCUCAAGGUAUCAGCGGCCCUGUCUUGAAGAACCUAUUCAAGCACCAUGCCCGGUUCUGUCCUCACUGGAUCGACACAAAUGUCUUUUCUGGGUCUACAUCACAUAGUGCAAGGGCAAGUUGCUAUGAGAACGACGGCACUCAAGCCGGGGGGGGGGAGGGAUGGUCAAGGAUUGGUGUGAAUGACCACACACACACACACCGCAAUCAUUUUUUUCUCUAAAAUGCUUGAGUCACUUUUUUUACUUCUAAGUUUAUACCCUAUAUUUUAUUGUGUGUGGAUUCUGAUUUUAAUGACGACAAUAUUAUGGAGAUGUUAUGAUGACUGUGUUUAUUUAUCGUGAGGUAGAUCCUUUUUUAAUUGAUCAUGAUGGUUACGUUCAGGUGAAUACACAACAAACGAUAUAGGACAUCAUUAGUGCUGUUACCCUAAGGCUUUUUUAACUGGAUGCUGCUUUUAUUAUUAUUAUUAUUAUUAUUAUUAUUAUAAGAUCACUGAUGGUUUUAAUCUAUAUUUGCCUGCUGGGAUGGGAGUCCAGGGCCAUUUGUUGCAUACACAGUGGAAUGUAUGGACAGUGCUGUUAUUAGCGGAUCUGAAAUGUGAAUAAAAGCCAAGUGAACUGAAAAAAUGCCUUAUGAUCUGACACUCAAGGUUGGUCUGUCAACUGUGUUUAGGAAGGACUGGGUAGGGGCGAGGGGUGCGUUUUUGGAGAGAAGCCAAGGGAUGUAUUUUUUAUUUGACUGUAUUUUUUUCCUCCUGUGUGUACAUCGUCAGUCAUGAUGGAGAGACCAAGGCAUUCUCAAAUCCAGCUGGGACAUCUCUCUAUAUAUUCUCCAACCUCUCUAGAUAUUCCCCCAACCUAAUAUCUUUAUAUUCUCCUCUGCUGCUCUCUAUUAUAUCCACAGGUACCUCUGGUAUCUCUCCUCUCACUCUCUUAUUCUGUCUCCUCCCUCCCC